AAGAGGAGAGGGGCACGGACCACGGAGUAAAAUGGCAGUGCUGAGUCUGCUGACGUCACUGAAUCAUAUAGUCGCCCUCACUCGCUUCUCCUGCGCCCUCCAUCUCUACGCUUCUCCAUCGUCGUCUUCGUCCUUUGCCAUCAGAAGGUUCAAACCACUUCGCCGUUUUGUAACCAUGUCCUCGUCCUCGUCCUCGUCGCCGUCUCCGGAGAAAACCACCGCUCGUUAUGGCUCGUGGAAGUCUCCGAUCACCGCCGACGUCGUCUCCGGAGCUUCCAAGCGUCUAGGCGGAACCGCCGUAGAUUCUAAGGGCCGUCUCGUCUGGCUCGAGUCCCGCCCCUCUGAGUCAGGGAGAGGGGUUCUGGUCAGAGAAGGCGAUAACCCUGGAGAUGAACCAAUCGAUAUCACGCCGAAGGAUUUUGCAGUCAGGACUCUGACUCAGGAGUAUGGUGGUGGUGCUUUCCGGAUCUCAUCAGAUGACACAGUUGUGUUCUCCAAUUACAAGGAUCAACGGCUCUACAAGCAAGAUCUUGAUUCCAAAGAUUCAUCUCCAAAACCAAUCACUCCAGAUUAUGGUGCACCAACUGUCACUUAUGCAGAUGGGAUAUUUGAUACACGUUUUGACCGUUACAUUACUGUUAGGGAAGAUGGUCGCCAGAGCAGAUCAAAUCCAGUUACAGAAAUAGUGGAGAUCAAUCUCAGUGGAGAGACUCUUGAAGAACCAAAAGUACUGGUUAGUGGUAAUGAUUUCUAUGCAUUCCCACGAUUGGAUCCUAGAUGCGAAAGGCUGGCUUGGAUUGAGUGGGGUCACCCUAAUAUGCCAUGGGACAAAGCAGAGCUCUGGGUUGGCUACAUUUCUGAGAACGGAGAUAUUUACAAGCGUGUAUGUGUUGCUGGUUGUGAUCCCAAAUAUGUCGAAUCACCAACUGAACCGAAGUGGUCAUCAAGAGGGGAACUCUUUUUCGCUACUGACCGAAAGACUGGAUUUUGGAAUAUUCAUAAAUGGCGACAGGUUGAAGGGACCAAUGAGGUGGUUACUGUUUAUUCUCUGGAUGCCGAGUUUACCAAACCAUUAUGGGUUUUUGGUAUAAGCUCCUAUGAGAUAACUGAGAGCGGUGAAGGAAAGAAUUUAAUUGCAUGUAACUAUAGGCAGAAAGGCAGGUCAUAUCUUGGUAUUGUGGAUGAUUCACAGGGUUCUUGUUCCCUGCUUGAUAUUCCUUUGACAGAUAUCGAGAACAUUACAUUUGGGUAUCAAUGCCUUUAUGUUGAGGGAGCAUCUGCCAUUCAUCCAUCAUCAAUAGCCAAGAUAACGCUUGAUGAUCACAAGCUAAGAGCAAUCAAUUUUGAGAUUGUCUGGUCUUCUUCCCCCGAUGUUUUGAACUACAAGCCUUUCUUCAGCUUGCCCGAGUUAAUUGAAUUCCCAACAGAGGUUCCGGGUCAAAAAGCUUAUGCAUACUUUUAUCCUCCAUCCAAUCCUUUCUACCAAGCUAGCUCGGAAGAGAAGCCUCCAUUGCUGGUAAAAAGUCAUGGAGGACCUACUGCCGAAACACGAGCAUCCUUAAAUCUGAGUAUCCAGUACUGGACAAGUCGAGGAUGGGCAUUUCUUGACGUUAAUUAUGGUGGAAGCACAGGUUAUGGUAGAGAAUAUCGAGAGAGAUUGUUAAAGAAGUGGGGGAUUGUCGACGUCGAUGACUGCUGUAACUGUGCUAAGUAUCUGAUAGAUAUCGGAAAGAUAGAUGAAAAGCGACUGUGCAUAUCUGGAGGCUCUGCUGGAGGGUACACAACCCUUGCCGCCUUGGCGUUCAGAGAUAUAUUCAAGGCUGGAGCUUCACUAUACGGCGUUGUUGAUUUAAAGAAGUUGAGAGAAGACGGUCAUAAAUUCGAAUCCUAUUAUAUUGAUAAUCUCGUCGGAGAUGAAAAGGAUUAUUACGAGAGAUCACCAAUCAACUUCGUCGACAGAUUCUCUUGCCCCAUUAUCCUUUUUCAAGGAUUAGAAGACAAAGUCGUGUUCCCAGACCAAUCUCGUAAAAUCUAUCAAGCCUUGAAAGAAAAGGGCGUACCCGUCGCUCUGGUUGAGUACGAAGGCGAACAGCACGGUUUUCGCAAGGCUGAGAACAUCAAAUACACACUGGAGCAGCAGAUGCUGUUCUUCGCUCGGGUCAUCGGAGGGUUCGACGUUGCUGACGAGAUAAUCCCUCUGGAAAUCGACAACUUCGACUGACGAAAUUCCUGAGAUUUUCUCUGACCCGUAGUUUCCGUUAUCGGUAUCGGAAGUUUGCGCGUUCCGAGGACGCACAUCGAGAUCUCGUUUUCUUUGAAGAAAAGAGCAUAUUGUGGGCAGUGUUGUGGUCGAGCAAGAAGUGUUUUCGAACUUAGUAUCCAACAUUUUGAUUUGACGGUCUAAUCUUAUUACAAAGUAUGAAUGAAGACAUAAUCACAUCACAUACAUUACGUCA